GCUACCGUGAAAACGUGUGUCGGGUUGCAGAAGGGUUGAGCUCUCAGACUGACGGACAGACAGACAGACAGACAGCGCAGCAUCUUCUGUCGGACCAAUUAACGGACCGGGCUGUUUCCUGGGCGGCCUCUGACCUGCCAUAAUAACUGGGUCAGGAUAUUCCUCUCCGUACAGCAGGAGACUUGAAGCGGGACGGACACGAUCAUGGGCUCCUCCUGGGCGUUAGUUUUUGCCGCCGCGUCGCUCUUGGUGUUGCUGAGCUCAGCCUGCAAAGAUGCUGAAACUUGUCUUCAGCGUGAGGUCACAAUAUCCCCUGACUUCCCCAGUCAAGUUCUGGAGGAACCAGAUUCAUUCAUGCUGCAGAGGGAAGUAGAUUUGUCAGAGCUUCUAAAUAUUGGCGUGGAGAGAACAGAUGGUAAACCAAGACCAAGAGGUCGACCUAGUUUUCGGCCCCGUUCUUUCCCUCCUGCGCAAGGUUAUACUGUCCAGUUUCCCCUCGGCCGACCGACACCUGACAACAUCCAGGCCAUCUGUGUUCACGCCGACCAUCGGCCUCGCUACCCAGACUCUUACUUUCCUCCUUCUGGUUUUAGCAAACAAAAGCGCAUGGCCACAGCUGUCAAUAAUGCGGAGUCGUGGUUCCGCACAUGCUGCAAAGGGAACCAGACAUGGGGGACUGUCGGGACGCUGUGUUGUGCAACACAAGCGUGGGAGCAUUCAGUUGAGCUGUUCUGUGAGGACGAUUCAUCUGUGAAAGAUCGGCUCUAUGAAUGCUGCAGGCAGAGAGGAAUGAGCAGACUGAGCUGUUUCAAUGAUGACGCUCAAAAUCCCAACUACAAGCCAUCAGAGGAGUUACCUGUGAGGGAGGUUGGCUCUUCACAAAACUUCCACUUCAACCUAAACAACUGCCCCAGGAUUCAAAUGAGUGAACCUAAUAUAAGAGCCCUACGUGGAGAAAUGGCAGAACUCAACACACCUACUUCCCAAAAAAUUGACAUCAACUUUCCUCCUGGAAGGCCUACAACAGAGAACAUUGAGUCACUGUGUGGCAACCAGAAACGCCGGCCUCUCUACACAACCAAGUGUCUGCCGCGCUCAGGCUACGAGCUGCUGGCCCAUCAGGUGAAGACCAUGAACCGCCUGGAAAAGAGAUUCAAGAUGUGCUGCAGAAAGAAGAAUGGAGCGCUCAACUGUGCCGAACAGAAGUGGCGUGAGGAGCUUAAUAGGUACUGCUCGGUUAGGAAUGGUGGACAGGAGUGUUGUCAGGCAGAUGAUCAGUACAGUUGUUUCCAGUCAAUUUCUUCAGAUCCACUUUAUAACACGACAUCUGCUGCCGAGGAACCCACACUGAACAAGAUGUGUCACACCCAGAUUAUCAACAACAGAUUUCCUGUCGGUUUUCAACUGAAGACUCGAUGCUGCCCCCUGCCGGAGCAAGACAGAAGCAGUUGUUUUGAGCUAAAUCUUGCAGAAAUAUCCCAGAGUCUGUGUUCAUCAAACAAGUCUGGCUCUCCUGCUGUUCGCCGCUGCUGCAAGACGACUUCGCGUGAAGAGAUUCCACAGUGCCUCAGCAAAAAUGUCAUGAAAGCCAUCACCAAAGUGACUAAGAAGGGCCAAAAGAAGAAGAAGAUAUGCCCCAUCCCUUAAAUGCAUUCAACACUGGCAGGGAAGUACCCAUUUCUGGAAAUUGUAAGCUUGCUCCAGAGGUGGUUUACAGUCACUGAGCACAAACAAAUACUGAAGGGAUAUUAAAAAUGUAGAUCACUUUGUUGCUACAUCUACUGCUGGUGUAAAAUUAUCAUCACAUGAAAAGCUUUGCUACAAGAACAAAUAAAACUGAAUGAUUUUUAAUACAUAGUUUCUAAUCAGACUCUCGUCUCUGUUGCUGAAACACUGAUUACUCUUUGUUGCUGCUCUAUGCAUAUUUGAAUUUAUUCAACUUAGAUGUUUUGGUGAAACCUUAAAAAGAUGUUACAAACUGAAUUUUAUGUGGAUUUUUAUCUGACAGUUUAAUAAAAACACAUUUGAAUCUUA